AUGGCGUCUGCGUCGCCCGCGCCCGCGUCGCGCGCGUCGCGAGCGAACGGGUGGAACCCCGCGCGCGUGGGGUCGACGCGAGGGCGUCCACGGAGGACGGUGCGCGAGCGCGCGCGCGUCGAACGCGCGUCGAAGACGAUUCGUGGCACCGCGUCAAACGAUGGAUUCGCCGUCGGUGACGACGACGUGCGCGUCUUGGACGCGCGUGAACCGGUCGAUCCCGACGAACGAUUGAUUAAUGAUGAUUUAGCGCCGGUGACGGCGCGUGAGAGGACGUUUACGACGAAGGAUGUCGCGGCGUUGUGGGUGGGCAUCGUGUGUUGCGUCCCGGCGUGGACGUUGAUUUCAUCCGUGUGCGCGAUCGGGUUCUCGGCCGCGGAAGCGAUGACGACGAUCGCGAUCGCGAACGUGAUCGUGUUGGCGCCCAUGGUGGCGAACGGGUACGCG